CUGGAAACAACGCACAGUGAGCCCUCUCACUUUUUACCUACCUUUAGUCAGUUAAUACCGAUGGAGAGAGAUGUGGAGAAAUGAUGGAGAACGAAGCUGCGGCGCUGACAGACCAGCCGAGUGAAAGUGUCGGUCCAUGAGGCCUUCGGGUGCCUCCAAGAGAACCCAUGGAGCCUGACGUUGUCCCGCUGCACUCCUCCUCCCCUCCUCCGCUGGGUGAUGACGGCGACGGGGAGCUGGGAACCGAGGAUGACGAGUUUGGGGACUUUGGGGGAUUUUCCUGCUCCCCUCUGGGCUCUGCUGAAGCCACUGAGCCGCCUCCUCCCUCCUUAAAACCAGCCACACAUCAAACCACCUGCAGCUUUAAUCAAACAGUUGAACAAUCUCAGCCCACAUCCACUGUGAAUCUGGAGUCAGACAGGAGUCAGACGGACAUGGAAGGGCAGGACUGUAAUGCUACAUCUUCUUUGCACCUCACAAAUGGCUUUACUGAAAGACACCAUGACUCUGGGGCUCACAGUGCUGCUAUAGUCGGUGCUUGCUCUGCUGAGGAGGAAACAGGGUUCGCUGAUUUCACUGUGUUCACCGAUCAGGCGGCACAUCCCUGGUGCUGUGGCUUCUCUCCCAUGGCCAGCAGCGAGCAGUGGGACGGCAGGGCAGGAGGGACAAACCUCAGCCUGGGUGGACAGAUCUGUAGUUCAGGACAGGAUGUUGUCAUGGAGUCUGAGCCCAGAUCUCACUGUGCACAUAAGGCGAAUAAAAACGUCAAGAACUGUGAGAACAGAGAUGCAGCACGUGCACAACCAUCUCAGGACCACCAUCAGCCUCAGGAUGCUGCCACAGCUUUGGAUUUUCCAUCUGGUGAGGAGGAGCUAGACGAGUCUGGGGACGCUGAGAGGGAAAGGAGGUUUGGUCUUAAUUCUCUACAAAUCUCUGAGGUUGAGAUGGAAGAAGAGGCAGAAAGUAAAGAUCAUAGUGUUUCCAGUGUCCUGCAAAGACUGGGUAUGUAUGAGUCUGCCUCCGAGGACCUGGCGUCCUUCGGUGAUGAUCUGUCGUUUGAGGGAGUUUCUGCAGACUUGGAACCAAACGUCUCGUCCCUGGAUCAGACGGACUGGGACCGAACUGAUGAUGAGGAUGAAGAACUGGAACUUUCUGACUCGUUCGUUGACAGUAGGACAGGAAACCUCAGCCAUCCAGAGUCAGAGAGGGGCUUUCAUCAUUGUGAUCAACAUGCGACUCAGGAAACUUGUGCUACCUCCAACCAGUCCCAGCCUGGAGUUCAUACAGAAGGCAGUUCUGCUGACGGUGGUUCUGAGCAUCACAGGGACCAAGAAAUCGUCCAAACAGCUGACGCAGGGGUGCAGAUUCUGGGAAACCUCCCACCGAGUGACAGCUUUGCUGAUUUCUGCUCAGCGCCCACGCAGGACGAUGGACAGUCGUGGGCGGAGUUCAAGGACCAGAGCACACGAGUAGAAGGAAAAGCCUGGCCUCAGAUCAGAGAGCCAGUCAGCAGGCUGCAGAUCGAUGAGGACACCGAGGAGGAUCAGGAUGGGGAGGGACAGCAUGGAGGCAGCAGGAGGAACAGCUGCCAGGCUUCUCUGUCCUGCCGUGUCCAGCAGCUCCUGCAGACCAGUUUUCCAGAGGUGAUGGUCUCGGCUGUAGAAGGUGAGGAGGAGCUGCUCGGCCUGGGUGCUCUGCUUCAGGCCCGACAUCUCUCUGAGGAAGAGGAAGCAGCACCAGAACUCAGCGGUGCUCUGUGGAUUCACGAGGAGAUGUUAUCUCCACACCGGGACGUCCACAGUGCCGUGGGCCUCCAGUUUCAGUGGGGUGGUUCCCACACUAACAGGACUCUGCUUAGGUGCCUCGGCGUGGACACCAGGAACAUUGUGUUCAUUGGCACCAAGAAGCAGCCGGUGACUGUGCCUGCUUUUGCAUCGGGUCUGGGAAUGCUUGAGCCCACCAAAGACUCUGUGCUGACUGUCGGUUGUCCAGGACACUCAGCCGUCUCAGCACAAGCACCUCCAGGGCGCCGAGACAUACCGGACCCCUCAACGCAUUCAGUGCAGGAGGAGCUCCCUUCCAGCCAGCUGGACUGGAGCAGCCGUGGCCUUAGCAGCUCUCAGGACGGUACGUCCCCUCGCCGAGCCCCUCACUUCUGGGGUCGGAAGUAGACUGCCAGCCAUCCCCUACAUGGCUUCUGUUCAUGAGCCAAAACCUCUGAGAGUUUACCCCUCACUUCCUCUGGGGCAUGCGCUGCUUCUCUGAAUUCACGCCGUGUUUCCCCUUCGCUCACCACAACACAAAGUUUAGUAAAAGAAAAAGACCCAGAAGUCAUGCUGACCCAGAACUGGGACUCAAAGUAAGACAAACAGAAAAGUGACAUAUCAGUGACAGGGGAAACACUGCUGGCCCUCUGUUCUCUCCUUUACCUGUUCUGGUGUGUCAUCUUUACCUGCUGUCAUUUUCAGACAGAUUUUAUCUCAGUAUUUAUCAGGGAAAUUUGGAGUCCAUCUAUAAACGGGAGCAGCUGGAGCUCCUGAAAACUGCUCAAAGUUUUCUGUUUUUGUUUUUUUUUUUCUAAGUUAAUGUCACAUUUGCACUAAACAGUGAUUGUGAUUGGGCAUGAUUAUCCAAAAGACCAUUAUUUAAUCCAUUGAUGGCCACUAUGGAGGUUCAGCCUCUGACUCUGCUAGUGCAUUUCUAUGUUACAAACUUACGCUUUCAGUCUGACAAUAUCACCCAGUUUUUGACUUCAUUCAACACCAAAGUGUAUUUGCUUUUUCACAGAAACCAUUUAUGUGUUCAUAUUUGCCGGUAAAAGGGUUUCCCGCUUUUGUAAAGACAGUAAGAUAUUUGUUUACUCAGGAAGGUUUGACCAAUUUAAUUUAAUUAGAAUUAAAUUCAGUACAGAAGUGUUUAGUGCAACAUUUGUACAGUUUUAGGAUAAAUAUGUAGAAUUAUCCUAAAACUAAAAUUCCAGCAGUGGUAAUUAUUAGAUUUAUGAAAUUAUGCAACAUAAAUUACACAUAAUUCAUAAAGAUAAUAAAUACUUGGAGGGGAGACAAAGACCCAAAACCAGUCACUAACAAAGACGGUGCAAAUUCGCAUGCUGUUAGCACCCUUGUGUCAUUUUUUUUUUAGUAACAUAGAUAAUCCUAAUUAACAAAUAAUACCUUAAUAUUAAUUGGCAGCAGUGGUCGGGAGUCAGUUUGCAUUUUAGGACAGUGAUAAGACUAACUUGUCCUCAGAAAUCAUUGCUCUGCUGCAUGUGUUUAAAGAGGAUUAUGCUAAAUAAGUAUUUCUAAUAAAGAAUGUGUUCAAUUUUCACACAAUAAACACAGUGAGAUGAUGCUAAAACACUGAAAAGACAGCUUAAAAAAAUGAACUUCCAGAGUUUAAAAUUAGCAUUUUGGUUUGUAGCAUGUAAGAUAAGGAGCUGUUGUUGAUGAACUAACAGAUAUGUACACUCGUAUAUAUCCAAGGAUAGAGCUGAGAGCCUCAACACGAUUCAUGAACUUCUGCAGUAAUUUUCUACCUGAAAUCUGGAGCUGAAUCCACAUGAACACAAACAGAGGCCCUCUAGGGUCAAGGAAGCUUCAUUGUUCUUUGUUGAAUUUUAAUUUUAUUCCUGAAAUAUACACAUUCACAAUCCCAACAAGACUAAUGUUCAAUGAUAAAAUGACAAAUACUUAACAAAGCAGUGUUGUAAUGAUAAAUAGUGCACAGCAGAGGGCGAUGUGUUCUCAGUAGACGGUGCUGAGUGCAGAAAAAAUGUCUAAAUGUAUUUACUGUUGGGACAAAUCAAGUCAAACAGAGCAGUCAGUCACUAACAUGAAGAGAUGUGUACCUCAUGUAUAUUUAAACAUGUAACUGUAGUCUGUUCAUUUUCUUUAUAUCAGUAUUUAUUGUUUUUGAAAUCUAUUUUCUGGAUUUGAUUGAAUCUGUUUGGGGCAUUAUUGACAUAAUAGGAUGAUAUAAAUGAUGAUUUCUACUGUCACUUUAUGCUGCUUUUACUGUUUUUAUUUUCAGUUUUUCUUUUCUUUCUGUGCACUUCUUCCUAUAAGAUAUGAACAUGUUGACUAGGACAGAGUGUUUGAUUCCAAAGCCUCUCAUUUUGAGAACAUAACAGAUUCCUGAAAACACUUUCCUCAGUGUUUCAUCACCAAUCUAAGGUGUUUCUACAACAUUUCCGUAAAUCCAGGUUGCAGUCUUUCAUCAUGAGUUGUGCCUUUUUGCCAGCAAUCAUUUUCUAAACCUUUUUUAUUCUUCAAACAGUGAAAGUAUCUUUGGACCUAUAGUUUGCUGAUAAAACAGACUGUUUUUCUUAUUUCAUUUAUUCAGAUUUACUACUCAAAUUGAGAACUAAUGCACUGCUGUGAGGAGUUGUGGGAAAUCCUGUAAAUACUGAAAUAAAUCAGUUGAUCCUU